GUGUGCUAUUAAAUUGCUCCUCCAGCACCUCCUCUCCUCAUCCUCCAAAGCCUCUGAUCUGUCAGCAGUAAGCUGACUUUCCAAGUUACAAGGCCAUUCUCAGCACACACUGACAACAUGCUGGGGACCCUCUGCACUCUCAUCACUGCUCUAACAUGUGUGAGUGGUGUGACGGUGGUGACACAGAAGCCUCCUGUUGUGACGCUGAGGAAAGGAGAGACAGCCACCAUGGACUGUGAUGUUUUUACAGAUGAUGGGUCUCGCUGGUAUAAACAGAUUCCUGGAGGAACAUUUAAGUUUGUGCUGAGGAAUCAUCACAGCUACUCCUCUCCAAAUUAUGGCUCUGGUUUCUCCGCUCCCAAAUUCACUUCUAGUCAUUUGUCUGGGACAAAGUAUCGUUUGAUCAUCAACAAUGUGGAGGAGGGAGACUCAGCAGUCUAUCACUGUGAAACAUGGGACAGCUCUGCUAAAGAGCAUGUAUUCGGACAAGGCACCAAGCUGAUUGUGACAAGCUCCAGCCUCCCUCCUCCUGUCCUGACAGUCUUCCCUCCGUCCAGUGCUGAGCUCCAGUCCAACAAAGCCUCUCUGGUCUGUCUGUCCAGUCAGUCUGUGCCUUUUGCAGAUGUGAGCUGGUUGCUUGGUGGGAGUCCAGUGAGCAGUGGGAUCUCUACCAGCACCGCUGUUCAGCAACCAGACCAGACCUUCCAAAUCAGCAGCUAUCUGGCCGUCCAGACGUCAGACUGGAACAUGGAUAAGGUUUACACAUGUAAAGUGUCUUUGGGCUCCCAGACUGCAGAGAAAAACAUCAACAAGUCCCACUGUCCCACUGAAGAACAGUAGAGGAGCAGAAUGAGCAUUUAACAUCUGCUUCUUUACUCUUUGUGCUGUUUGCUCAUUACAAGGUUUACAUGUUAGAAAAGAUGUGUCUGCAUGCUUGUAAUAAAUGUUGUGACAGUUAGGUGGAGGUGUUGUAUCAGCUUUGCAAAUGCUGCGUUUUUCAACAAUCAUUCAAUAAAAUAAGAAAAAAAAAAGAG